AGAGAUAUAACAUAAAAGCGAGAAAGUCUCUAUAACCUCUCUGAAAUUUUCCUUGAAAAGCAAAGCAAAUUAAUGAAAAUGUCUGUUUCCAUUUUCUUCUUCACACUUCUACCUUUACUAUUCCCCUCUUCUCAUUGCACCACCAUCACAGUUGAUGGAUCUUCAGAGUGGAAGAACCCCACUGUUCACGUUGGAGAUUCCAUCAUUUUCAAUCACAAGCAACACUACAACAUCUACAUUUUCAAGAAUCAGAAUGCCUUUGAUCUCUGCAAUUUCGCACAAGCCACUCUUCUCACCAAUCCCAACACUGCCUCCUACACGUGGCAUCCAUCACGACCUGGUUUCUUCUACUUUAGCUUCAAUGGUGGGUCUCUCAUAGCAUGCCAAGCCUCUCAGAAGCUAGCCAUUGAGGUGACCUCAGCAGUUGUAGCAGCCACACCUCAAGCUUCAGCAUUGCCUCCAUUUUCUGGUGAAGUGUCACCAUCUCCUUUUUUUCCAUGGCAUUUUAAUACUCUACAAGAGGGUUCACCUGGUCCUUCACCUUCAUCAAGUGUGGCAACAGCUCCGUUGGAACCGUAUCAAAGUGGCAGCGUACCCUUCAUCAGCAGCAACCCUGCAGUGCCUCUUCCCACUGAUGAAGUUGACUCUGCUACUUUACACCCUCUUCCCACCUCUAGUAGCCAUCGACAACAGUUCUAUUAUUGGUGGUUGCAGGUGAUGAUUGGAUCAUUUGGACUUGUAGUAGCUGUGCACACAAUUACUUCACUGCUGCUUUAAAAUGAGUGAGAUAGAGAGUGUGAAUAGGGUUUCACCAGGGACUCUGAUUGAGUCUAAAGUAGCUCUAAGAAAUUAUUACACCAUGUAUUAAGAUGCUCUUACAUUAUCUUUCAAUUGGUUUUUGCCACUUUUCUUGUUCUUGGAUUCUGGAGCACAAUUGAUUACCAUAUUUGCUUUGA